AUGUCAGAGAGUAUCGGAAAGGAAAUAAAGUACAACGUGGAUGUAGGGCCCCAGGUGCAGGACGUCUUAUUCAGCCUGCAAGGGGAGACAGCGCCGCCGGUUCCGGCGGGCUCUGACGAGUACAAAGAAGCGGUCAAGCUCCUCGAUGAUUACUUCCUUCCGAUGAAGUGCCUCCCGCUGGAGCAGCACAAAUUUCGGAACCUGGAGCAGGCCGAAGAUGAGCCGAUUGAGCGUUUCGUCCUCCGGCUGCGCGAGCAGGGGAUCCUGUGCGAGUACGGCGAUCACCUUGACGAGGAGAUCAAAGAACAACUGUUUGAGAAAGCUGGACGUUCGCUGGAGACCAUCGGCAAGCAUCGGCAGUCCAUUAAGAUAAGCCCUUGUCUGGAGGAGGUCAACAAAAUUGCUCGAACGACCAGCGCUUCGAAGAACAAGGCAAACAGGGAGUGCUAUCGGUGCGAAAGAUCGGGUCACUACGCAAACGACGAGAACUGUCCGGCCCUGAACCGGAAGUGUGAGCGGUGUGGAUUUGUGGGGCACUUCAAAAAGAGGUGUAACACGAAGAGGAAGAAUAAAGUGGGUGAAAAAUUGCAGAGGCGAGUGAGGGUGAAUCAAAAAGUGGAGGACUCAGAUGAUUCGAACGAUCUGGAAGAAGACAGCGAAGAUUCCGACUCAGAUCGAGUGCAGUAUUUGUUUGCUACCGAUCCGGACUGCGUAGAAAAGGUUGUGUGUGCUGUGGGUGGAGUGAAAACCACUUGGGUGGUAGAUUCCGGCGCGGGAGUUAAUGUUAUCAAUCGGCAGACCUGGGAACACCUGAAGCAGCAGAAAGUGCGCGUAAUCCACCAAACCACGGGUGUAAACAAGUCGCUAAAGGCUUACGGUGGCUUUCCAAUAAAUGUGGCUGGAAUGUUCUCGGCGGAAGUAGCCACCAUGGAGAGCGUAACUGAAGCGGACAUCGUGGUGGAGACCGGAAGCUGCUGUUUGCUGGGGCGCAAGACGGCUAAGGCCCUCGGCAUCCUGAACAUCAAUACGGCCGUGUGGGAGGUGAACGAUGAGAGAUGUGUGAAUUCUGUGCUCAAGAUUAAGAACGUUGCCUACACGCCUGAAACGACCAAGCGGCUCCUGUCGGCGAUCAAAGCGGGGGGAGUUCCGGCCAUGAAGCUCAAGGCUGAAUGA